AUGAAUGCCCAGUGGUGGUUGUCACGGCGAUGGGAUGUCAAAGACAGCGGCGUCCCGAAGGCCUGUAUGAACCGCUGCAGCGUCACCUCCCCGCAGCCUCCUCUUCCUCUCACACAAACAGAAGUGCUCUCAUUAUCGGACCUGUCAGUGUGCGCACCGCUGCUCUGUCUCUGGCUGCGGGCCGAGCGCACACAGGGAUGA